AUGGGAAAAAAAGAUUAUGAUGAAUCAUCGGGAAGUAUUGAAUGUGAUGGAAAUUCGAAUGCAUCACCAGAUACUUGUUUGAUCAGCAGCCAAAAACCACGUAGACAACGUACCCAUUUUACAAGUCAACAGCUAACAGAGUUGGAAAAUUGGUUUUCACGGAAUCGUUACCCAGAUAUGGCCACGAGAGAAGAAAUUGCAUUGUGGAUCAGCCUUACGGAGCCACGAGUUCGUGUAUGGUUUAAAAACAGACGAGCAAAAUGGCGUAAACGGGAGCGUCAUUUGUUAACUCCUGAUUUCAAGAGCUUUCAACCAACCAGUUGUUUCCCGCAAGCCCUUUUACCAACCCAUCCACAACUUGAUGAUGUUUAUGGCUCUUCAUCUUGGCAAGGUUAUUCUACAAGAAAUCCGAACACCGCCUUUGGUUGGGCUUUAAAAGCGCAGGGACCUCUGCAACAUACUUUCCCUCAAUUGAUGACUCCAACGACAUCCAACAACACGACGACCUUGUCUCGCUUUGCCCCCGCUCAGCCGCCAUUUUACGCAGCCAAUACUACAAACACCACGAAUCUAAUGUCAAAAGAUGAUAAGUUCAAGUUACACUCUCAAGGAUACUGCUCCUCUACCAUGCACAUGCCUACUAGUGGCACCCAUUCCCAACAGGCCAGCAGCUUUUCAGUUCAAUCAUACCAAUACAAUGGUCCGCUGUAA